AUGACUUCUAUCAGUAAAAAACAAUGUUCUAAAUGUUAUCAGCAUUUUGAUACAAAUUUUUUUACAAGUAAAACUGGACGUGAUUUAAAAACAUAUAUUAAUUGUCAAGAACAAGCAGCUACUGUUUAUCGGACUCAUUAUCUUAAUGAUAAAGAUCAGCUAGAACAAUUAUAUUGGAAUAAUGUUAAAAAAAAGCUCUAUGAUAAAAUUGUUGAAAUUGGGAGUAAUGAAUACUUGGAAAAUAAGGAAAAUGGUGUUCUUUUUUCAUGUAUUCUUAUAAUAAAAAAUGAAUUAUUAAAAGAAGAGCCAUGUAAUAUUUCUAAACAAGUCGCAAAAUUAGUGGAACAAGCAGAUGGCUAUUAUUAUAUUUACAAAGAUCACUAUUUAUCAAAAAAAUCUGACGGAAUUUAUACUUAUUGGUAUUAUUGCUCUCAAUGUCAACAAUUAGCAAAAAAACCUCGUAAAAAUGAAGAUCUGAAUAAACAAAGAGAUCGUGAAUAUAUAAAACGUUUUGACUGUAAUGGACUUAUAACUAUAUCUAUUAAUAUGAAUACUUUUCUUGUGACUAUUCAUCUUAAACAUGACAUAUUGCAUAAACGUCCAGAAAGAUAUGCUGUUAGUGAUACAAUUAAAGAAAAAAUAAAGCAAUAUAUCAAUUUUACACCAAAGGAUAUAUUUCGGCAACUUGAACAAGAAAAUCCAGAUUUAAACCAAAAACAAGUUCAUGCAUGGUGGGCUAAUUUUAUUAAACAGAAGUAUAUUCGUGAUAAAAAUAAUCAAUUGAAAUCUGCAAAAUUGCUCCUUGAAGAAUAUAACUAUGAAAUUAUUUUAGUGAAUAUUGAAGGUGAAAUAAAUUACUUGGGAUUUAUAACACCCUUCUUUGAACUUUUGUCAACAAAUAAGGAAAUUGUUGUGGAUGCAACAUAUAAAACAAAUGCUCUAGAUUUUGAACUCUAUUCAGUAAUUGGGCAAUCAGAUGGUACUGGUUUUGCACUGGCUUAUCUUUUAUUAGAUAGUAUAAAAAAAAAUGAUGCAUUAAAAAAGAAGUUUUCAGAUAAUACAUAUCCAAAAACUACAACUUAUAGUUCUUAUGAUGCUCACGAAACAUUUGAUUUUAUUGAUAUUGAGUUUUAUCCUGUAAUAUCUAAUCAAAAAGAAAAAAAUUUCAUUUUUUGUCCAAAAGAUCUUAGACCUAAAAUUAUUGAAUUAUUAGAAACUCAUUUGCAUCGACAUCCACUUAUUCCCAAUUGUGCAGGAGAAUUUCUAUCAAAAGAAGAUAUAUGGAAAUUGUCAGUUCAGGAAAUUUAUGAAUUUUGUUUUAAGUAUGAUUUACGAUAUGUGUGGGCUUAUCUUUGGAUCAACUGGUAUCAAAAAAAAAUGUGGAUUCUAUGGAGUCGUGCUGCUAUUGAAGAUCAAAUUUGUAUUUUUCGUACAACAAUGUUAAUGGAGUCCCACUGGAAAGUUAUAAAACGGGAUUUUUUACCAAAGUUUUUUCGUCCACGAAUUGAUCUUCUUAUUUAUAUAAUUAUCAGCCGGUUGAUCCCUCAUCAUCAGCAACAAUAUCAAAAAUAUUUAAAUGAAAGAGAACACAUAUCUUGGAAAAAAGAUUUUAAGAGAGAAUGGAAAAAACUUGAAAAUGUAAAAAUCAAUAAUUUUUAUUUAACAGAUACUACAAGAUGGAUUUGCAGUUGUUUGUCAUUUGCUCGUAAUAGAUUUUUCAUUUGUAAACAUCUUGUCCAACAAUAUGGUAGACCAGAAUCAUUUUAUGAUGUUCAUCGUCAAGAAAGAUAUCCUUUCAUAUUCUUUAAUACUAUGGAAACCACUAGUGAAUCAGAUAUUGUAUUAAUAGAGAAUGAUAAUAUUCAAAAAGAGAAUGAUAAUAUUCAAAAAGGUAUUUUACAAGAUGUUACGAAUAUUGAAGAUGAUGAUAAAAAUGAAACUGAUAAAAUAUUUGAUGAAUAUGAGGAAUAG